AUGACGAAUUCUGCACUUACUGCUGGAUAUACAGUUCAUGUCAUCGAUGACCUCUCAAAUAACGACGUUCCUUUAUCUCUUCGCUGUCAGUCGAAAGAUAAUGAUCUUGGAGUCAAAACCCUUAAGGUGGGUGACGAUUUCCAUUUUUCAUUUCAUUGGAGUAUUGUGGGUGAAACUCGUUUCUAUUGUCACUAUUACUGGGGCUCGAAACAACAAUUUUUUGAUGUUAUCAACCGCGGUAUUUCUAAUGAUUGCAAGAGAACAGAUAUAGUUACAAAUCAUUAUGAUUGUUUUUGGAAAGUACAUGAUGAUGGAUUUUACUUUUCAAGUGAUAAUUCUAUUGGAUCUUACUCCAAAAAGUAUGACUGGAAUUAA